UCAUUCGUGUCUCGCGUCAUCAUUACUCCCGUAAGGGUGUGGCGUAGGGCAAGUUGCAAAAUCUGUAACACAUUCAUAGAGUUCCACGUUCAUUUUCAUAAAAGGCCAUGUUACAUUCGUCGAGAUCGGAUUGGCUGUCUUGAUUUAAAAUCUGACAGAAAUAUGAAUGUAACAAUUGUAUGACAAUCACAUACGUGUAAUCCCUCGGCAUUAUCUGUUUUUAAUUAAUUAAUGAAUAUGCUAUAAAUUUUUACAUUAAAGCAAUGAUUAAUUGCAAGUGAAUAAAUAAAACAAGAGGUGGAAAUAUUUCUUGAUGUUCAAACGUAUAAUUGUUCUCUUCUGUUAAAAUAUGCCAGGGGUUACAGAAAUGUCAUUGGAUCAUAUGUUUUGCUCUCGCUGCAGAGAAGGUUUUGCCGCGCAUGAAAAGAUUGUUAACUCAAAUGGCGAAUUGUGGCAUCCACAAUGUUUUGUAUGCGCACAAUGCUUUAGACCAUUUCCAGAUGGAAUCUUCUAUGAGUUUGAAGGAUACAAGUAUUGCGAACAUGACUUUCAUGUUCUGUUUGCCCCAUGCUGCGGCAAAUGUGGUGAAUUUGUUAUUGGCCGUGUGAUUAAGGCAAUGAAUUCAAAUUGGCAUCCACAAUGCUUUCGCUGUGAAGAGUGCAACGGUGAAUUGGCAGAUGCAGGCUUUAUCAAGUGUCAAGGCAGAGCACUAUGUCACACAUGCAACGCUAGAGUGAAAGCUGGCGUGCUCGGGAAACACAUAUGCCAUCAAUGCCAUGGAGUAAUUGAUGACAAGCCUUUACGUUUUCGUGGCGAACUUUAUCAUCCAUAUCACUUUAACUGUACAACAUGUGGUGUAGAACUCAAUUCUGAAGCCAGAGAAGUUCGUUCUCGACCUGGGUACGCUGCUAAUGAAAUGAACGAAUUGUAUUGCUUACGAUGCCAUGAUAAAAUGGGAAUUCCAAUUUGUGGUGCGUGUCGGCGUCCCAUUGAAGAACGCGUAGUAACUGCGCUUGGUAAACAUUGGCAUGUAGAACAUUUCGUAUGUGCAAAGUGUGAGAAACCCUUUCUAGGCCAUCGUCAUUAUGAGAAGAAGGGUCUCGCAUAUUGCGAGACUCAUUAUCAUCAGUUAUUUGGAAAUCUUUGUUUUGUCUGUAAUCAAGUUAUUUCUGGAGAUGUUUUUACAGCAUUGAACAAGGCAUGGUGCGUCCAUCACUUCGCGUGUGCAUUCUGCGAUCAGAAAAUGAAUCAAAAGACAAAAUUUUUUGAAUUCGAUCUAAAGCCGGCGUGCAAGAAAUGCUAUGAUAAAUUUCCGCAAGAAUUGAAGAAACGGAUGCGACGUAUGUAUGAUUUGAAUCCUAAAAGGCUUCCACCAGUGUAAACGCAGAUCCUAUUCUUCUGUAUAAAUCUAUAAGGUCGAUCAAAUAUUUUGCGUUUACAGUGCCUUAUCCGCUUAAUAUAUUAACAAAAAAUAUAUUUAAUCUUUAUAAAUAUAUAAAUAUAUUUAAUCUUUUAUAUUGCAUUGUAAGCUAUAUGGAAUGUAUCAAAGCUAUCUCCAUUCUAUAGCUAAUAAGUACUUUGAUAUAGUAUUAUUAUAAUUAUUUUUAAUGUAACUUAUAAUCAAGAAACUAUUAAUGUUCUAAAUAUUCUUCUCAGUUUGAUAUCUGGGUGUAAGAAAAAGCGUGCAAUAGUUUUGAAACAUCUUGUAUAGCCAAGAUACAAUGCUAAUUUAUAUGUUAAAUGUGCGACAAGUAAUAGCAGAUAUUUUUGAUUAAAUUGUAAUAUAUACUGUAUGUGUAGCUCACUCUAUUUAAAUAUUUUUAAACUUA